GUAGAGAUUUGGAUUCAUUGGACGACAGGGGUAGUGGAUUAAGAUAGGGGGGACUCAUAAGCAAGCGGUAUCGCUCAGCCUCCUUCGUACUUAGUACCUUCGAUAACUCUCAACACAGGGAAGUUUCACACUUUUAUUUUGGUACUACUAUCGUUGCCAACUUGAAAUCCAACCAUGAAGCUCUCGGCAAUCUUCCUCCAGGCAAGCGCCCUUCUCAUCGCUGCCACUUUAGCCAGUCCCCUCCCGGCUCCCGAUGAUGGAUCUAUCCGAAUCCCCGUCAAGGGCGCCCCAGCUGAACGUGACGACGGCUCCAUUCGCAUCCCUGUGAAGGGUGCUCCUGCUGAACGGGACGACGGCGUAAGCAGGAUUCCGGUCAAGGGCGCCCCAGAGAAAGAAUCCGACGGUGUCAUCCGGAUCCCUGUCAAGGGCGCUCCAGCUAGGCGUGAGGACGGCUCGAUCAGAAUUCCGGUCAAGGGCGCACCAAACAAGCCCGCUCAGUCAUAGUGGCGGGCUGUCAGAUGUGUUGCAUCAUGUACAAUGCAUAAUAUGGAAUGUAAGUAAUUCAGAUAUCGGUGAAAAGUGGCUAUGAACAAGGCUUAUAUUGACAAUCAAAACGCUCAGUCCAAAUAUGUUUCCCCAAGAACUCCAGACUCCGAAAACGUGCAAUUUGGCCCAUAGUAUUACCAGGAAGAACUUGCAAUUGGCGGUGGUCAAGAAAUGGGAAGUCGGGGAUUGAAAUGAACUAGAUAUGAAGAUGGGUCAUUAGAAAACUAUUAUGCACAAUUCCAUAAACGAUGUUUGCU